AUGGUAGACAGCCACAUAAGCAUCCAGACAUCCUCCUUCCGAGUUCAAAGUGAAUACGAACGAUCCACUCCCCAGCCACACUGUCCUCGGAUAGGCGGAGGAAACAGCAAGACUGCCCCAGCUCCCGGGACUCCCCUCAGCUUUCCUCGCCGCCCUUGGCCCCCCCCAACAUCUCAUUCCCGCAUGGUACAGCCCUUUUCUCUUAUCGCGAUACCGGAAGCUUCGUGCUUCUGGUUGCCAGGGGAACAGCGUCUCUGGAGGCAGGAGGGCUUUGGACGCACAGCUCCUUCCCCUUCCAGAAAAGCUGUGGUGACGGGAAAGAACCCUCCCCUUUGGGGGACAGGGGGUGACGCUGUCAGCCGGUGCGCUUCUGCGCCCGUCAAUGCUUUGCUGUCUGGUGACUGGCUCCCAGAGUUUCCGCCGCGAAGGAUAUCAAUGGAUAUUAUAAAGGGAAACUUAGAUGGGAUUUCAAAACCAGCCUCAAGUUCAAGAACGCGUCCUGGGAGUAGAGGUUCAAAUGCUUCUUUGGAGGUGCUCUCACCAGAACCAGCAUCCUUCAUGGUUGAUACUGCAAUCAAGUUGAACUCUGGUAUAAAGGGCCACUCUGAGAGGAGUAAUGCAGAGGAAAAUGGAAACAAUAAUGAUGAUAAAGGGGAAAAUGAUUCUGAGAAACCAAAAUUGGCCGAAGAAGGGUCAGAUGAAGAUCUGAACUUGGUUCAACAUCAGAUAAUCCCUGGAUGUGCAGAUGAACCUGAAUUAAAAGAAUUAGAUUCUCAACUUCAAGAUGCUAUUCAGAAGAUGAAGAGGCUUGAUAAAAUAUUGGUGAAGAAACAAUACAGAGAAAAAGAAAUUAAGAAGCAAGGUCUAGACCUGAGAAUAAAGCUGUGGGAAGAACUUAAGUCUGCAAAAACUAGUGAAGCUUUGCAAAGUAAUGAGGAGACGGAAAAUACAAAAAAGUUUCUAGCUUUGACUGCUGCAUCAGAAGAAACUGUCGAUCCUUCUUGCUAUGAGCAUGAAGACACCUUUUUCUCAGUGUUUCACACUCAAGUCCCUCCAGAAGAAUAUGAAAACCGUAAACAGAAUGUCAAUCAAGAUUUUACCUAUGAUGUGGAAGGAAAUGAGUCAUUGAUCAGAGCAGAAAAGAAACCUUUCUCAAAUACAGAAAAGAUUAAGCUCAGGGGUAAACACAGCCAGGAUUUUAUUAAACGAAACAUUGAGUUGGCUAAGGAUUCAGGAAUGCCAGUGCUUAUGAUUGACAGAGAGAAGAAAAGGCUGACUGAACUUUUGAAGGACUUAGAUGACAAAGAUUCGGGGCUGUCCAGUCCUGAGGGCGAUCAGUCUGGCUGGCUGGUCCCAGGAGAAGGAUACACAUUUGCAGUCACCCAGCACCAGCAGCUUGCCGAAAUCGACACAAAGCUCCAGGAACUUUCUGCAGCCUCACCAACAACUUCCGACUUUUCUCCAAGACAUGGAAACCACAGCGAUCAGUAUCAGCAAUGGCAGCCGUUUGUCCCUGAUGCUGCCAUAUUCUUCCAGCUCUUUGAGUUUCACAUCAAGCAGUGA